AUAUCUAAUUCUAACAUUGCAACUCAAAUUUCACAAUAUAUAUUUGUCAACUUCAAUCUAUCAACUACUUUAUCAUGGCGGUCCUUGGAAGUAUGGCAAGAGUUUUGGAUACAUUAAUAGGGCCUGGAGUAAUGCUUCUUUAUCCUUUAUAUUCAUCAAUGAGGGCAAUUGAGAGUCCUUCAACGUUAGAUGAUCAGCAGUGGCUCACAUAUUGGGUUUUAUACUCCUUCAUGACUCUCUUUGAGCUUUCAUUUUACAGGAUCCUAGCAUGGUUUCCCAUAUGGCCAUAUAUGAAACUUGUGUUUUGUAUAUGGUUGGUAUUACCAAUGUUCAAUGGAGCUGCUUUUAUAUAUGAGAACUAUGUGAGGCAAUAUGUAAAGCAAAUAGGAAGCUAUGGAGGUUUCAACAAGUAUCCAGAUGAACAAAAGAAAGUCCUUCAAAUGAUCAGUUUGGAUGCAAGAAAAUCUGUUGAACGUUACAUAGAUAGAUAUGGCCCUGAUGCCUUUGAGAGAGUAAUCAAAGUGGCCGAGAAAGAAGCAAGGAAGCACUAAAGAUUUGUGUGAAAAAAUGGAUAUUUUAAGUGUCAUGUUCAUUAACGAUUCAUGAGUUUCAGAAUUGUAGUAUAAAAUAUUUAAAAUUGAAAUAAAAUGACAUCAAUCUUGAGCUUUUGA